AGCGGUGUGCGGUCGUGGUGGUGGUGGUGAGAGCGAUGGUGGUGAUGCGGUUAGCAUGUGAAGGCGGUUAUAAAGAUAGUGCGCGCAAGUUUCGGUGACGAAACGAAGAAUGAAGCCUGACCCUGCCUUUCGACAUGAACCUGGUACAGAGAGAACGAUAGCAAGGAGAUUUAAGGAAAGGAUAGAUCUCUGGCUUUCAUACCGACGAGAUGGCGGGCGGUGUGAUGUGUGGACCGAGUGAGUGGAGUGAGUGGCGGCGGGACAGGUUAGUAUGGUGGAGUCCGAGGUGCAUCGCGCGGCUUCGCUUAAACUUGCGGUGUAGUCCAGACAACAACGACAUAUUCGCUGGCAUUGUGAUGUAAACCACAACCGAAAGUCUCGAACGUUAAAAUUGUUUAUUUCUAGCUUACUAUCAUGUUUACACCCUUCUUGAAGCCCUGCAUAUUCAAAGGUUCAAAUGUUGGAAGGGGGAAAAAGUUAACAGUGGGAAAUUGACCAUAGUACUUCUCUCUAACGCCCUACAGCGUUGGAAUUCCAUCCGGGUCAUCAUGUGUAUGUGGACUCCGACGUGGUGUCUGGGUCGUAUGUUCAAAUGUUCGCAGAUUUGAAUGCCCAAGUGGUCGUUUAUUUCAUAUCACGUGAUUUCCGCAUCGUCCGUACGCGCGAAUACAUCUCCUACUUCAUUCAGCCAGUCAAAUUUGCAAUACAACGCGAGUGCUUUGAGCCAUCAUCCAAGAUGGUGCUUCAAAUGCUGGUCCUUGAACUGCUUUUACACCUUUCAACUGCCACGAACAGCUCAUUGAUUACAAAUGCAAAGCCGUUGAAUAGCACUGGGAAAGCUCGCAUAAAGAUGAAAAUAUACGAAUUCCGAAUUGCGCAAUCUGACAUCGAGUUCUCACUAAUGCGAAGCGAGCUUAGAAGUGGCCUGUCGUUUGUGCUUAACGUGUAAGAUCGUUCGAGAUACACAUUAUAAGU